CACUUGAGAUCUCUCUCUCUUCUUUCUUCACGGACAAAGAUGUGGUCAAGGCUGCUUCUGAGCAUUCUGUCCUUGAACUGGAUUGCCACGGUGUCUUCUGAACUUCAGUAUGUACUACUGGUCCCAACAGUAGUGCGGAGCGACUCUCCGCAGACCGCUUGUGUGCAGUUCCACAACCUCAGUGAGCCUCUGUCUCUGAGCAUUGUCCUGGAAUAUGGCAGUAUGCGGAAUACUCUUUUUGAGAAAUCAGUGACAGAGAAUGAUUUCUUCCAGUGCUGCGAGUUCAAGGUUCCUCCUGCUGCUUCUGACCCCCUAGCAUUCAUUUCCUUCACUGCCAAAGGCACCACAGUCAAUUUAGCUGAGAGAAGAUCGGUGGCGAUUCAGAAUGUGGAUAAUACUGUCUUCAUCCAGACGGACAAACCUAUCUACAAACCAGGGCAAAAAGUGAUGUUUCGUGUGGUCAGUUUGGACACUCAGUUCAGACCUGUUCAGGAGACAUAUCCCCGGAUCACUGUUCAGGAUCCAGAACGAAACAAGAUCAUCCAGUGGUUGGAGGUCUCAUCUAAGCAUGGAAUUGUCCAGCUCUCCUUUCCACUAAUUCCAGAGCCUAUUCUGGGAUCCUAUCACAUCACUGUGGAGAAAAAGUCAGGUGAAAAAGAGGACCAGUUCUUCACGGUGGAAGAAUAUGUGCUGCCAAAAUUUGAAGUGACAACCAGUGUGCCAAAGAGGAUUUCUUUCUUUGAUGAAGAAAUUAGGUUCAAUGUUUGUGCUUCGUACACUUACAACCAACCAGUGCAAGGGAAUGCCCGAAUCAAUGUGUGUCAGCAGCACUUUUAUAGUCCACGAUGUGAGCAAAACCAGAAAGAAACCUGUGAAGCAGUCACUGGACUGCUGGGGAAGGACGGCUGCCUCAACACUGUAAUCUCCAUCAAAACAUUCCAGCUCUACCGCAGCUAUGCCAGGAUGUAUACCAGCCUCAAUGUAGAAAGCAUUGUCACUGAAAAUGGGACAGGUAUCCAGAUGAAAAGCAAUGAUUAUGUUGCAGUCAACCAAGAAAACGACAGAGUGAUGUUUAAGAAUAUGGAUUUCUAUUACAAGAGGGGAAUUCCUUACUAUGGUGAGAUCACUGUGACAGAUGUGGAUGGCAAACCUAUUGCUGGUAGGACUGUGCUGCUGGAGCUCAAUGAAGAAUAUCUAGCCAACUAUACCACCAACAAGAACGGCACUGCUGCUUUUUCCAUCGACACAUCCAACUUCUUUGAUCCCAGUUUAAAGCUGAGAGUCAGGCAGGCACUAGAUGACUGUGCAGGCUUCUUCAACUGGAGGAACGAUAACGAGCCCCAGGCCUUAUUCUUUGUCCGGCGUUUCUACUCGCGGACAAACAGCUUUGUGAAAAUUGAGCCAGUGAAGGAGAAGCUCAGCUGUGGCCAACAGCAAAUGAUCAAUGUUCAAUAUGUCCUGAACAAAGAGAGCUACAGGAAUGCUGGGCACACAAACUUCUACUAUGUGGUGAUGACAAAAGGAAAAAUUGUUCUCAGUGGCCAGAAGCAAGUGAACAUCACUGGUGCUCCCAGAGGUACAUUCUCCAUCACACUGACUGUCACCGAGAAGCUUGCCCCCAGUGCCAGACUGUUGCUCUACACAGUGCAUCCUCAUGGGGAGAUAGUGGCUGACAGCACUUGGAUACAGAGUGAUGUAUGCUUCAAAAACAAGCUCCAGCUCGAGUUCUCUGAGAAGCAGGGUCUCCCCGGCUCUAAAGUCGGUCUCCACCUUAAAGCUGCUGCCAACUCCUACUGUGCCCUGCGAGCUGUAGACCAGAGCGUCCUUCUUCUUCAGCCUGCGCGAGAGUUAUCUGCCGAGAGAGUGUACUACCAGCUUCGUAUGAGUGAUUUACAUGGCUAUUACUACAAUGGGCUCAACCUGGAAGAUGACAAGCCAAAGGCGUGUACCCCAAUCAAACCCACCUUUUUUGAUGGCUUGUACUAUGAACCUGUGAAUGUCAGUCGUGAUGGUGAUGCCUACAGGAUUUUCAGGGAUAUGGGCCUGAAGGUUUUCACCAACUCUGUGCUACGGAAGCCAGUUCUGUGCAAUGAAGACAAAUCAGAUAUGGAAGAUUAUCCUGUCUAUUUUGACCAUGCCGGUGGUUAUGGUUCAGACAAUAUUCUAGAUGAGUCAAGGAUUCUUUCUGGAGUUAGCACUGUUCGAAAAUUCUUCCCUGAGACCUGGAUUUGGGAUCUGCUUCAUACCAAUUCCAGAGGAGAGGCAAAUGUCUUUUACACCAUUCCUGACACCAUCACAGAGUGGAAAGCCAGCGCAUUCUGCAUGCAGGAUGAUGCUGGUUUCGGCAUCUCUUCACCUGUUUCAUUGACAGCGUUCCAACCAUUUUUUGUGGGUCUCACCUUGCCAUACUCUGUCGUUCGAGGGGAAAAAUUUAAUUUAAUAGCCAAUGUCUUCAAUUACCUCAACAAAUGCAUCCAGAUCAGUGCCGUACUAGCAAAGUCGAGUGACUACAAGGCAGAAAUCCUUUCACCAGAGGGCAACACAGCAAAGGUGUGUGCCAAUGAAAGAAAAACCUAUAUUUGGGCAGUUAGCCCCCAAAAACUCGGUGAAGUGAAAUUCACGAUUACUGCUGAGGCCAAACUGAACACUGGAAGUACGGGAAACAGCACUUCUCCAGAAGAGGAGACAAUUCGCAGGGACACCCUGAUUCAAACUCUGCUUGUUGAGCCUGAAGGCAUUAAAAAGGAAUUGACUCAGAGCUCCCUCGUCUGUACGAAAGGCACUACAAUCUCUGAACCUGUGUUGCUCAGCCUGCCAAGAAACCUAGUGCAGGGAUCAGCCAGAGCUUACUUUUCCGUCAUUGGAGACAUUUUGGGUACAGCCUUGAGGAACAUGGAAAACCUUCUCCAUAUGCCUUAUGGUUGUGGAGAACAGAACAUGGCUUUGUUCACACCCAACAUCUAUGCCCUGGAUUAUCUGAAUAAGACUGGGCAGCUGACUGAAGAGAUCAGAAUCAAGGGUACUGGAUAUUUAUCUACAGGGUACCAAAAACAGCUAUCAUACAAACACCGGGAUGGAUCCUACAGCUCUUUUGGGAAACGAGAUAUGGAAGGGAGUGUAUGGCUCACUGCCUUUGUGUAUAAGUCAUUUGAACAAGCCAAACGCUACAUCUACAUUGAUGACAAAGUCCAGUCUCAAGCUUUGAUCUGGCUGGCAAGCAAGCAGAAGUCAGAUGGCUGCUUUGAAAACACUGGAUCACAUUUUAACAAUGCUCUGAAGGGUGGAGAAGAGGGUGAAUACUCACUCUCAGCCUACGUUGUAGCAGCUUUGCUGGAGGCUGGACACUCUGCUGCGCAUCCUGUUGUCCAGAAUGGCAUGAACUGUUUGGAGACUGCAUUUAGCAAUGGAGUCCACAACCUGUAUAACCAGGCCCUCUUUGCCUAUGCUUAUGGCUUAGCUGAUGAAGAGAAAAGAUACCAAUUCUUCCUUGAGAAGCUGGACAAGACAGCUACUAGAGAUGGUGCUUCAGUUCACUGGCAGAGAGAAAAGAAGCCACCAGCAGAACAUUUACCUGUCUUCUAUUCCCGUGCCCCUUCUGCUGAGGUUGAAAUGACCAGCUAUGUGCUCCUGGCUUUGCUUAACAAAGCAAAACUCACUCCAGAAGAUUUAUCUUACACUUCUCACAUUGUGCACUGGCUUGUCAAACAGCAGAACCCAUAUGGUGGUUUCUCUUCCAGCCAGGACACUGUUGUCGCUCUCCAAGCUUUAGCCCAGUAUGGAUACCUCACCUUCUCUAAAAACAGUCUUAACACAGUCAAAGUCAACUUCAUGGAAUCCCCCAGUAAGACUUUCCAGGUGAAUGACAAUAACCGCUUCUUACUGCAGCAGGCUUCCUUACCUGCUAUUCCUGGGAAUUACAGUGUGGAAGUGAAUGGCACUGGCUGUGUCUAUCUGCAGACCACACUGAGAUACAACAUCCAUUUGCCAAAAAAAGUUGCAGGAUUUUCUCUCUCCAUACGGCCAGCCAAUGUAUCUUGCACAAGCAACUUCCCACCAAAGUUUGACCUUGUCAUCUCUGCCAGUUACACAGGAAACCGCAAAGUCUCCAACAUGGCUAUUAUUGAUGUGAAGAUGCUCUCAGGUUUUGUUCCUGUAAGGUCUUCCCUGGAAAAGCUUCAGUACCGGAAUUCUGUUGUGGAUCGUGUAGAUAUCAAGAACAACCACAUCUUUUUCUACCUUCAGAAGGUUUCCCAGAAGGAAAUAAACUUCUCCUUCAGUGUGGAGCAAAGCCUGCCUGUCUCAGAUAUCAAACCAGUGCCAGUACAUAUGUAUGAUUACUACGAAACAGAUGAAUACGCCCUUGCAGAAUACAAAUCACCCUGCUCCCCACCUUCCAGCUGAAAUUAGAUAUGUGCCAGAAGAGAUAAUCAGAAGGUAUCAGACCAGCAUUUGUAGAGGAAGGAGAGGAUAAGAGACUUGGUUAUUUCUGGGAGAGCAAUGAAAAUCAUAUAGAAGAAUGAAAAAUAAGCAAAUCCCAAACUGCAGUAGAUCAGAAUGACCCAUUCUGGCCCAUAUUUCAAAAGAGCUUGGGGUCAGUGUGGAUCAGAAACUCCAGAUAAAGUGCUUUUCCUAACAAGGGAGGUACUGUGCAAUUGUUAACCCUGACCAUUCAUCUUUUUGAAAACCCAUGACAUACGUUCUGGUGAGAGCUUUGUGUAAAGGUAAACUCCUGAAAUGUGUACUCAUGGCCACAGAUUCCUCUUAAGAAAUCCAAGAUUAGGAGAAUAAUCUGCUACUGGUGAAUGUUCUAUAGAUUUUACUUGUUUUGGUCUUUCUGUUUAUCCUGAAGGAAGAUUCUGCAGAAAUUACUUUGAACCUCACCUUUGUCAGUAACUGGACUGAGUGGUUUACAGAGGUCAGAAUUCUAGUCACAGGGAGACAACUUUUGUGCGGUUUUUACCUCUAUUUAGAAAGGUUUUUUUCAGAUUAACAGCUCAUAUUUUACUGCUCUUUAUAAUAAAACCUUCUGAUUGUCCAUGC